AUAAGCUCCCCAAUCGCUUUUUUGUCUCUCUGAAAAACAAUAAUAAUAAUAAUUCAAUUCAUUACCAAUCUACCCCAAUUUCGAUUGAGUUUCGUCGCAUCAUCUUCUCUGCUUUCUCUCUCUCUUCAGGAAUUCGAAGCGUUUUUGUUUGCAUCAAGAAAUGGAGAUGUCGUCAAUGGAGGAGUCUUCCUCGCAUGACGUUCUCUCAAUGGUUAGUGAAGCGCUUCUCGCCGUUGACCGAAUAGCUCUACGGUUUCCUAAAAACUCUAUACAGAGUACGCAACCGAGUUGUAAGUUUAGGAUGUGUUAAAUUUUUUCAAUUUGUGGUCUCAAAUCGUCUGUUUCAAUCUUGUUUUCGCCAAUUGAAUCGAAAUUUGAAGAUUUGAAAGUCAGGAGAUCUUGACCUUUUCCAUGAAUUUCCGUGCUUCUCGCUGUUAAUUUCGCAUGAAAAUUGACAAUUUCGUGGUUUUCUGUUAUUUUUUGUGGUUUUCUGUUGUGGAUGGACUUGUUAAGAUUUGGGAAUUUUUAGUAGUUUAGGAAUUUGUAUUGUGAAAUUUUGGAUUUCUAGGGUUUCAAUUGCUUGUUGAAAGUUCUAUGUUGUUGUUUGUGGGACCUGUGAAUUUGGGUAUUAGGGUUUGAAAAGUUGAAUGGCGGGAAGGGGAGAAUUAGGGUUUCCGAAGACAAAUGCUUGUAGUUUGAGGGAACAGUUAGCGAGAACAACUCUUCGGAAUGUGAGGUUGCAAGGUCACACUUAUGUUGAACUUAGGGAAGAUGGGAAGAGGUUCAUAUUCUUUUGCACACUGUGUCUGGCUCCGUGUUAUAGCGAUAAUGUGUUGUUUGAUCAUUUGAAGGGUAAUCUCCACAAUGAAAGGCUUGCUGUUGCUAAAGCUACCUUGCUAAAACCAAACCCUUGGCCAUUUAAUGACGGUGUACUUUUCUUUCAUGGUCCAUCCAAGAAUGAUAAGCAGUUACUCAACUCAAGUGCUGAUCCAGUUAUGUUGUUAGGUCAUCAAAAUGGCAAUGGAAAUGAGCUUGCUAUUGUUUGUCAUGGAAAAAAUUUAAGCCCCAAUAGUAAUGGAAAUAUUUCUCAUAAUGGGUCUCUUUGUUACGAUGAAUUUGACUCUGUAGGAGUUGAUGUUGAUUCUAGUUCACCGAAUGGGCAUACGACUGAUACUGAUUGUGAUGAUAGUUCACAUGAUAAGUGUAUGACUAAUGGGGGCAGUUAUGAUUUGGUUGUGCCGGGAGUUUUGCAUGACAAUGAAAUUUCUGAUUUGGAAGUGAGGUUCAUGGGUGUUGGACAAAUAGCUGCUAGGUUCUUCUUGAAGGAUGAAGUUCCAAAUGAGAUUUGUAGAAUAUGGUGUGAAUGGCUUGGAUCGAAUCAGAGUAUGGGCACCACUUCAAUUCCAGAGCAUGACUUUGCUGUCGUUACCUUUGCUUACAAUUACAAUUUAGGUAGAAAGGGGUUAAUUGAUGAUGUGAGGUAUUUGCUCUCUUCUAGUCCCCGGGCAGAAAUUGAGAAUGGUGAGGAUGCUAGAAAGAAAAGGAGGAAGUCGUUCUCUGAUCCAGAGGAUAUUAGUGAGUCUUUGAAUAAUCAAUAUGAUUCUUCUGGUGAAGAUUCUCAAACUUCGAAUAGUUUCAAUUCAAGAAUGAUGUUAAAUGGAUAUGAUGAUCAAGUUCUGCAUUCAAGAUUUAUAUUAAGUAAAACUCUGAGGAGAGAGUUGAGGCGACAGCAACGUGUAGCUGCAGAGAGAAUGUGUGAUAUCUGCCAACAAAAGAUGCUUCCAGGUAAAGAUGUGGCAACACUCCUGAACAGGAAGACUGGAAGACUUGCUUGCAGUAGUAGAAAUGGGAAUGGGGCAUUUCAUGCAUUUCAUAUUUCCUGCCUUAUGCACUGGAUACUUCUCUGUGAGUUAGAGAUAUACACCAACCAGUUAGUCGGUCCCAAAGUGAAACGGAGAUCUAGGAGAAAGGCUGGAGCCAAGUGCAAUGGAUCCAGGGAGGAGGUUGAGAUAAAAGCAUUAAGCAAGCAAAUUCACUGUGUGUUCUGUCCGGAGUGCCAGGGCACUGGUAUAAAUAUUGAUGGAGAUGAGCUGGAGAAACCAACCGUCCCUCUUUCCGAGAUGUUCCGAUAUAAAAUUAAAGUGAGUGAUGCACGAAGAGCUUGGAUGAAAAGUCCUGAGGUGUUGCAGAAUUGCUCCACGGGCUUUCAUUUCCCUUCUGAGUCUGAUGAGCUAGUUCAGGAAAAUGUGUCACCGCUAAAGUUGCUGCACUUCUAUCGUGCUGAUGGGUAGAGACAAAGAUGCUCAGGGGAGUGGGGGUGAUAAUGACAUGUAAACCAUCUUCAUGACAAAUGUCUGUAACUUAUUGUAGAUGUGUACUUGUAAAGGAAACCAUUAAUAGCACGAUGAAUAGGAAUAUUUGUUGCUUCAGGACAAUCGACCCUUGUGGAUGUUUUUUUUUUCCGUUACACCUUGUAUGUUUCUGUCAUACAACAGUGUGGUGCAGAUAUUAGUGUACAUUGCAGAAACUUGUUCACAGCUUGACUUGAUUGAUGGCUAAUGUCAGAUUUGACUCUUUGAUAUUUGAAGAGUUUAUAUUGUUCAU